AUGGAUCGAAAGGAUCCGGGCCACUCGGCGUGGACUGAGUCUGAGGUGUCGACGCGCAAGAACUCGGUGGAAUGGCAAACAUCAAGGCCAAACUCUCCCAAGCUGGCACCACUGGACCUCCAAUUCGACAAGGGCAAGGCCAACGAGAAGGACGGCUACAACACAUCCAUCACACCUGUUGUCGAGAGGGGCGUCACACCAGCGGCUCACGCAGACGGUGAGCAUGGCCACAUCGACAUCAACGACCCCAACCGGCCGCGGAUGGCCUUCAAGCAGCGCCUGCACCACUUCACAUGGGCGUGGUUCACCCUCACGAUGAGCACGGGCGGUCUCUCGCUGCUCAUCUUCGCCCAGCCGCACCAGUUCACCGGUCUGAGGCAAAUCGGCACCGUCGUUUAUGUCAUCAACAUCAUCCUCUUCGUCCUGGUCUGCUCGGCAAUGCUGGCGAGAUUCUUCCUGUACCCCGGCGACAUGAAGAAGUCGAUAACCCACGAGAGAGAAGGCUUCUUCUUCCCCACGUUCUUCCUGUCCGUCGCGACGCUCAUCACGAGCACAAACCGAUACGCCAUCCCCGAGAACGACGAGACGCUCGUCUGGGCCAUCCAGGUCGCCUUCUGGGGCUAUGUCAUCGUCACUCUCAUGUUGGCCAUUGGCCAGUACAGCUUCGUCUUCGCCUAUCACAGCUUCGGCCUGCAGACCAUGAUGCCGACAUGGAUCCUGCCCAUCUUCCCCAUCAUGCUUUCGGGUACCAUCGCCUCCGUCAUCGCCGACACUCAACCGGAGAUCGCCGCCGUGCCCAUCGUCGUCGCCGGCCUCACCUGCCAGGGUCUGGGACUGUCCGUUGCCGUCCUCAUGUACGCACACAUGGUCGGCCGUCUCAUGUCCGCGGGCCUGCCUAACCGCGAACAUCGCCCCGGCCUGUUCAUGAACGUUGGCCCCCCGGCCUUCACCGCCCUUGCUCUCAUCGGCAUGGCAAACGGCCUCCCCAACAACCUCGACCCCGACCACAACGGAAUCCUCAUCGACGUUGGCAUCAUCAGGACCAUUGCUCUCAUGAGCGCCAUCUUCCUCUGGGCGCUUGCCGCCUGGUGGUUCGGCAUUGCCAUCAUCGCAGUCGUCUCUUCGCCGCCAGUCUACUUCCACUUGGGUUGGUGGGCCAUGGUCUUCCCCAACACUGGUUUCACGCUCGCGACAAUUUCCAUCGGCAACCAACUCCAGAACGAAGCCGUGCUGUGGUUUGCCACCGCCAUGAGCCUUGUCCUCCUCGGCACUUAUUUCUUCGUCCUCUACCACCAUGUCAGGGCAGUCGUCGUCCAAGACAUCAUGUACACGAUGAGGGACGAGGACUACAACGACCACUAA